UUAUAUCCCCCUUUUAGUAUAGUAUAGAUGUGAGAGCUCAUGUCAAUUCACAUAUUAUAGAAAAAGACUUUCAGUAUAAGUAAAUGGUAAAAUACACAACCAUUUUCACUAAUAAAUAAACACCACCAUGUCAAUCUACUUUAAAAAUAUAUAUAUAUAUAUUUGAAAAAAAAAACUUAUGUAAAUGAAAAAUUACUUAUGCGUGGUGGCAAAGACAUAGAACUACAGAAGCAUCAUUCCUCACACAAUUCUUGAGUUUUGAACUUUGGCGUCUCUCUCCCUCUCUCAGUCUCAGUCACCAGCUUAGGUCAGGGCUUAUGCUUCGUUUACGUAUCUAAUCUUUCAUUUCAGGUUCUUUGUUGAUGUACUCUUUCUAUUGUCUAUCAUGAUUCAUGCGUGGUUAUGAAAACUCGCCAUCUUUCUCACUCUUGCUGCUCGUGUUCCUCACACAUUCGGUUUCUGGACAUGAACUUAAUUUUUAUUUUGGUUUUCGUUGCAGUUUCAGAUGGCGAGAUACUCAGCUGGCACGGUUGUUGACUUUUCUAAAUCUGUACGAAUCGUUGUGAUUGGUGACAAGGGCACUGGAAAGUCCAGCUUGAUUGCCGCUGCAGCCACCAAUUCUUUCCCUCCCAAUGUCCCUCCUGUUCUUCCUGAUACCAAGUUGCCUCUUCAGUUCUUCCCUGACGGUAUAGCCGUCACCAUCGUUGACACUUCCUCAAGGCCGGAAGAUAGGGGCAUGGUUGCCGAGGAAUUGAAGCACGCAGAUGCAGUGGUUUUGACACAUGCCAGUGACGACCGACCUGAGACUCUCCAACGUUUGAGUACAUACUGGCUUCCAGAGCUUCGGCGGUUAGAGGUAAAGGUUCCUAUAAUUGUAGCAGGCUGUAAGCUUGACCUCGACAAGAACCAGGUCAGCUUCGAACAAGUGAUGUCACCUAUAAUGAACCAGUUUCGGGAGAUUGAGACUUGUAUCGAAUGUUCUGCCCUGAAGCAAAUCCAGGCACAAGAAGUUUUCUACUAUGCACAAAAAAAUGUCAUUCACCCAACAGCACCUCUGUUUGAUCAAGAAACUCAGGCAUUGAAGCCACGGUGUGUAAGGGCCUUGAAGCGUAUCUUUAUACUAUGUGACCAUGAUAAAGAUGGUGCUCUUAACGAGGCUGAGUUAGAUCAAUUUCAGGUCAAGUGCUUCAAUGCGCCAUUGCAGCCUAAUGAAAUCGAAGGUAUUAAGAGGGUUGUGCAAGAAAGGUUACCAGAAGGUGUGAAUGAAAUAGGACUGACAGUGGCUGGCUUCCUGUUUCUACAUGCACUCUUUAUUGAGAAAGGGAGGAUCGAGACAACAUGGACUGUACUUAGGAAGUUUGGAUAUAACAAUGAUGUAAGACUGGCUAAUGAAUGGCUUCCACCUUCAUUAUUCAAGAGAGCACCUGAUCAGAGUGUUGAGUUGACAGAUGUAGCAAUCGAAUUCCUGAAAGAAAAGUAUAUGUUGUUUGAUGCGGAUGGGGAUAAUAAUCUGAGACCUCAAGAGAUUGAGGAUCUUUUUUCAACCGCACCUGAAAGUCCCUGGAAGGAAGCUCCGUAUGAGGAUGCUGCAGAGAAAACUGCCCUUGGAGGACUCUCCUCUGACUCUUUCCUGUCACUGUGGUCACUGAUGACAGUAUUAGAACCUGCUCGGAGUGUGGAACAUUUGAUUUGCAUUGGAUUCCAGGGUGAUCCAUCUUCUGCCAUCCGUAUUACUAGGAGAAGGCUUUUAGAUCGCAAAAAGAAACGAUGUGAAAGAAAAGUUGUCCAGUGCUUUGUUUUUGGACCCAAUAGCGCUAGAAAAUCCGCUUUAUUGAAUUGCUUUCUUGGAAGGUCAUAUGCUGAUAACCCGGGAUCAACCACCACUGACGAGCGUUAUGCAGUGAAUAUGGUCGAUGAAACUGGGAGUGCAAAGAAAACUCUUGUUAUGAGGGAAAUUCCAGAAGAUGGGGCUCAAGGGCUAUUUUCAUCCAUGGAGUCGUUGGCUAAAUGUGACAUAGCUGUCUUCGUGUAUGACAGUUCUGAUGAGUCGUCAUGGAAGAGAGCGAGUGAGUUGCUUGUAGAAGUUGCAAAUCACGGCGAGGCCACUGGAUAUGAGGUUCCCUGCCUUAUGGUUUCAGCGAAAGACGAUAUUGUAUCAUCCCAAAUUCCCAUACAAGAUUCCACCAGGGUGACACAAGAUGUGGGAAUAGAGCAUCAUGUAUCCAUCAGCUCGAAACUGGAGGAUUUCAACAACUUAUUCCGCAAAAUCAUAACUGCAGCGCAACAUCCUCAUCUGAGUAUUCCAGAGACCGAAGCAGGAAAAAGCCGCAAACAUUACAACAGGAAAAUCAACCGCUUUCUAAUGGUUGUUUCAAUCGUAGCUGCUGUUGUGGUCGUUGGGCUUGCUGCAUACUUUGUGUAUGUGUCGCAAGAGAGAGUGCUUCUGCCUGAGAAGAUUGAGAAUGAAGGACCCAAGUCUCUUGUUAUGAUCUUAUAUUAGUAGCAUUCUUGUUCCUACAACAAUGUAUUUGUAACAAAUCAUUUUGUGUGUUUGAAUAUAAUAAACCAAUGACUUAAAAAAUUUCUUGUAACUGGAAUUUACCUCAAAAGUCUCUUGUUUGCAUCUAA